AUGGCGUCAAACACGCCGAAAACUAUGUCGAGUCGAUUGAUGACGAUGAAGUUCAUGCAACGCUCUGCCCACAAAGCGACAGCCUCUUCGCCUAAAACCCCCAAUGGUCCACCAUCAAAGAGGGCACGCCUCUCCAACGGACGCUCCGCUCCUGGCACACCUGAUCAAGAGAUUAUACAAUCCGCGAUAGACCUGGAGGAGAAGAAGCGACAAGAAGCAUUGGACAAAGCCGCACAACACUCGGGUGAGACCAAAUGGGUGCUAAGCUUCACAGACCCUCUGGCUGGCAAGCGCCAAGAGUCACUGCAGGUCCAACAUGCAGGGUUCGCGGAGAUUGAUGCGGCAGACGAGUCAGAUGAGGACGAGGAAGAAGUACAGCCUAUAAGGAAGAAAUAUGGUGGAGGCAUAAAGCGGAAAGAUAAGCCGAUCGCCUUUGAGAAGGCAGAGCAGUCUGAGGGAGAGAUCUCUUCGUCAUCAGAAGACGAGGAUUACGACAGCGACGACCCAACAGCUGCGCUCAUACGCGAAACAAGACGUGAGGUUGCCGCCGAGCACCGCAAGCCGCGCGAUGCACAACCGACACACAAUUACGAUUCACCGGGGAAACCGCGCAGAGACCAAAACGGGGAAGUGAACAUUCGUGGCUUGACAUCGCUGUCCGGACAACCGAGAGAUCAACCAGAAUGCUUCCAGUGUGGCCAGAAAGGGCACAUGAAAUCCGACUGUCCAAAAGGUCGCGGCUCUGCCGGACGAGGUAGAGGCAGGGGUCGAAAGUAA